AUCCCUGGUUCUACAGCACAUUACUCCUCGCCACAGACUCCAACACAAACCACGUAUAGUACGGAGAGAAAGAGGAGAGAGGGAGAGUAAAAGCAUCGUGUGGUUUGUUUGGAGUGGGUGUUUUUGAUCGAUCGUCACUAUGUCUCUUCUUUCCGAUCUUUGCAACUUGAAUCUAUCUGAGUCUACCGAGAAGAUCAUUGCAGAGUACAUAUGGAUCGGUGGAUCUGGUAUGGACCUCAGAAGCAAAGCCAGGACCCUGAAUGCACCAGUCUCUGAUCCUUCAAAGUUACCACAAUGGAACUACGAUGGUUCCAGCACUGGCCAAGCCCCUGGCGAGGACAGUGAAGUGAUUUUAUAUCCCCAGGCAAUUUAUAAGGACCCAUUCAGGAGAGGCAACAACAUUCUUGUAAUGUGUGAUGCUUACACGCCGGGUGGAGAGCCAAUCCCAACAAAUAAGAGGUUUGAUGCUGCCAAGAUAUUCAGCCACCCUGAUGUUGUUGCUGAGGAACCUUGGUAUGGUAUAGAGCAGGAGUACACUUUGUUGCAGAAAGAAGUGAAGUGGCCGAUUGGUUGGCCUGUGGGAGGUUAUCCUGGACCACAGGGACCAUACUACUGUGGUAUUGGUGCGGAUAAAGCUUUUGGGCGAGACAUUGUCGAUGCCCAUUAUAAAGCAUGUCUUUAUGCUGGUAUUAACAUUAGUGGCAUCAAUGGAGAGGUGAUGCCGGGUCAGUGGGAAUUCCAAGUUGGGCCUUCUGUUGGCAUCAGUUCUGGAGAUCAGUUGUGGAUGGCUCGUUACAUUCUAGAAAGGAUCACUGAAAUUGCUGGAGUCGUUGUUUCGUUCGACCCUAAACCUAUUGAGGGUGACUGGAAUGGAGCCGGUGCUCACACCAACUACAGUACCAAGUCCAUGCGAAGUGAUGGGGGCUUUGAAGUCAUUAAGAAGGCCAUCGAAAAGCUUGGAUUGAAGCACAAGGAACACAUUGCUGCUUAUGGAGAAGGCAAUGAGCGUCGGCUUACAGGAAAGCACGAAACAGCUGACAUAAACACAUUCUUAUGGGGAGUGGCAAACCGUGGAGCCUCCAUUAGGGUUGGCCGGGACACAGAGAAGGCAGGCAAAGGUUAUUUUGAGGACAGGAGGCCUGCAUCAAACAUGGAUCCGUACGUUGUCACUUCCAUGAUCGCAAACACCACCAUCCUCUGGAAACCGUAAGAACGGAAGCAAGAAUUUCUAUUGUUUUUUGGAUGUGCACAUUUUGUUUUAGUUGAUUCCAAAAUGUAUUUGCAGUUGUGGGUUUUGGACAUUUGCAUCUUCAUUUGCCGUGAAUUGACAAUAAGUUAAUUGACAUUAAAAAAAAAGCAGGCUUUUGCCUUAUUAGUAAAUUCAUCAUGGUAUGUUUGGCUGUUAA